GUGAUCGUAUUUAAAAUUCGAAGCUGCUGUUUUCCUCUCUUCACAAUAUUUUCGCAGUGUUGAGAUACUGUGGCUAGUUAUUGUGUAGAGACAUGGGCAUGAUGAGAUUGUAUCUACUGGUACCAUUAGUAUUUUUUCUAGUGGGAAGGCAGUACUCUAAAGCUGAAAUUAUAAGAAAACUCCAGAAAACGUCAUUUCAGACUUUAUAUUUGAGCACUGAAUCUUUUGGUCAACAAUCCAACUAUUUUGGGCGAUUUACUGGGCCUCCAGAUACAGAGGCAAAAUUUGAUGGCGACGAAUUAAUUUCAUUCCAAAAUAAGUUUCAACGAUGGGGCUUGGAAUAUGAGGCCGAGAUGAGAAACAGUCACUCCAACUACGACAGCUGGCUAACCCUGCAUUCAAACUCCACGGAGGAAACUUUGCUGGUGAUGUUUAACUACAACUACGCUAAUCGCUCUCAAACAAGGUUCAUCGAAAAUAGCUGCGAAAUCGGAAUAGAAAAGGUAGAGAGCACCUUUCAGACCGAAUACAUAGGAACAGCAAAGAACUGCGAAUACCACGAUGUCGUGAGAGAGUUCUUUAUCGUUGGUUUAAACGUUAACAACACCAAGAAGGUGGUCAACCUCGCGUCACGUUACCCGUAUUCUACAGAGACUAUCCAUGAUAAAUAUUUGAAAUAUGUAGAUACAUACAAGAUAAAGGAUAAAGAUGUUUAUCACGCCAUUUUAAAAUGGCCGAUGAUGAAACAAGAUGGCGUCACUGUUGACAGCGUUCGCUUUGAGUUGUGGUUAAAUGAGAAAGACGCUUUCAUGGGUGAUGCAAUUGCUGGAGUUCGCAUUUGGAAAUUCAAAAUUGUCUAAGUUUUUUUCUGUCUUUAAUGAAAGUAAGAUGUUGUUCAAUAAAGCAGCGUUCAAAUA